CGGGAAAUGCAAUAGGCUUGGUCACUCAGGCUGGCGCGAAAAGAAAGAAAUAAAAAGAAAUGGAUUCUGUAUUUAUUGUUAAAUAAGAUUCCUUUUCUUUCGCGGGAAAAGAAAAUGCCAGACGAAGAAAGAGUGAGGACGAAACGGUUGGUUUCAUUGUUUUCUUUUUUCUGGUCAAGUGCCGUUUGUUUACUACUUUGUAGUUUCCAACUGCCAUCGUAAACUGCCGUGACAUUUCAUCUAUCUACCGCCAAACGUGGAAUUGAAUUUUGGUUUUUCCUUAGACGAAAGCUCGAGAAUAUUAUCACAAAACUCCAUCAAGAGACGCCCCUGGGAACGGAAAUUCAAGAAGAAGAAGAAGAAAAGCUGGUAAGAUUUUUGUUUUGAUCUAAUGUGUUGCGUGAACACUUUCUUGUUCUCACAUGUGAAAAGGACUAUUUUGACGACACAGAUCUGUGACAAUUAAUAAGAGAAUACCGGCUUGCGAUAUUUGCAUAUAAACACUCCAUUAACCCCUUCUUGACUUUACCGUUGUUAAACAAGUGACAUCCUUGUUUUUUUCCGUGCAUUAUAAUCGCCAAAUCGCGCGGUUGUAUUGUGGGUUUUCGUUUAAAAAUGUUCUUGUUCAAAGGUUAAGCUUAAUUAUUCGAUUCUCAUCGCUGCUAGGUUACUUUUUAUGUAACCUUGUUUUUAAUACUUCCGAUGAUUUUGGUGGCGAUAUAAUUUAUUUUGGAGCGGAGUGAUAAGUGAACGUGGAAUAUAUGAUUUGUUUUGGUGUCAUAUAUUUCACUGAAAAUAAUGUUCGGUUUUAAAAUCUAAAUAUAGAAAUGACCAUGCCAAUUUCCCCAAAGAAAUUUGGAUGUACGGUGAAAACGAAUUAUCAAGAAAUAACACUCAUCAGUUGGCAGGAUGGGUAUAAUACAUAAUUUAAAAAAAAAUCUUCUUCCCGUUAUGCUUCUUUGCUUAAGGAGGGCAUUUAUUACAUUCUGAAUGCCCUCCCAGGGUCUGGGAACUUUACUCCAGUAUGUCUCUCUUCACCCAGGUGUAUAAAUGGGUACCAGCAACAUACUGCUGGGGGGUAACCCUGUGAUGAACUAGCAUCCCAUCCAUGGGGGAGUAGCAAUAUUCCUAGGCAUGCUUCAUGCUCAGGAAACCGGGAUAAGCUCCGGUCAUUUGGGCCUUUGGCUUGUGUGUGCCUUUAUCUCUUGUUUAUAAAAAGUAGUACACAGCAGUAACAAAUGUGAAUUGAACUUAAAUGCAACAGCUGUAAAUUAUAAACACUGAUCUUACAUACACUGUAGGUGAAGUAAAUGCAACAGCUGUAAAUUAUAAACACUGAUCUUACAUACACUGUAGGUGAAGUAUGUGGUGAACUUUGGCAUGAUUAUUUUGUAGCUAGAAUAUUCCUACUUUCUGCAGAAAUUGGGUGUGGGUCACUUUUGUUACUGUGGUUGUGAUGAGAGGGUUUGAACUCACAUUAAAAUGAAUAGUGCAAUAUUCACCAAGUUUUCUUUCCAAAAAAGCAGCAGUACAAGAGAAAAGUCUUGCAUGUGUAAAGGUGCCAAAUAAUCUAUAAAUAAAUAAAUAAGUCAAAAAAAGAAAUAAAUAAAAUAAAAAAACAUAUUUUUAGAUUUUUGAGGUGCGUACGUGCAAAUAUAUGGUCGCUACACCCCUGCAUGAACUUUGAUCUGCUUUAUUCUUGUGACCACUUUGUUUUGUAAAGCAUUGUUAUGACAAGGAGGAAUUUGAUGCUGAUCGUUUUAAGGGCUUUUCAAAAAGGUUAAACAGGAUAUUUUAUAUGGUCAGUUAUUUUAAAAACGUAUUGAAACAUAACGUGUUUGCGUUCAUGCAUGAUGGCCUUUUGAAUAUCAUAUUUCAGGAAACACGCUCUCUGGUCCUUUCAUAGGACCAUUUUUAAACUAAUAAUAUUCCAAUCUUCCCAAAACGUAUCUUUAUAAAAAUGCAUUUACCUCUUUUUGUAUGAUUUCUUUUGACUACAGACUUAUAAACUAUAAAAUAAUAUAAAGACAAGCAAUGGCUAAAGGGUCUUGUUUGGUCUGACUUUACUGUAUUUUUCCUCUCUGUACACGUCGAAGACUAUUUCUUUGAGGCUACGAGACACAUGUAUUUCUUCCCUGACGUAACAGGUCACGCUUCUUCCUCAUGUCAUAUAGCAUGCUCACUUAUUUGCGUUUGUGACAUGUUUUAUGUGUGUGUGUGAAUUUCAUGUUACUUCGGAUUUGUUGUCACGUUUUAUUACAUUUCUUGAAUUGACACAGCUAGAAUUUGUGUUUGAUAUUCCAUCAAUUCAUACUUGCGUUGUGUGUUAUUUGAAUUGCAUUGUUAGUAGUCAAUAAUGUUGAUUUGUCCGUUGGAUUAAAUAUUGGAAUUGAUGCCGUAAACAACGCACAGUGACAAAAUGCACACUUUCGCUCUUUAUCUAGUUGCUAUAAUUUUUAUUCUUUACUUAAGUCAAUAUGUUUAUGACAUGUUGGUGGUUAUAUUAUGCACUUAAUGUCUGUUCCUGAGGGAAAAGAGGGAAAACAAAACUAGCUGGCUUCCCGAGGGAACUGACUUUAAGUGUUUUACAUUUCUAGACUUUCACUUCAACAGCAACAAAAGAAUAACCGAAGCAAAUCAAAACAGUCGACUCGGUACUUACAAGAACACAAAUUUAAUUCUCAAAACCACUAAAUGAAUGAUUUAGACAAUACUUUCCUUGUAUUAUCUGUAUUUUUCUGCUCCACCACUAGCUGCUGUUUCUCUUCUGGGAUACCUUUGAAAAUCGUUUCUUUUUAGCUUGAGGCUUCAUGUUUGUGUUGGUGUGUUCAUUCUCGAAAAAGAAAACUGGCAGUGUUUUUCCCUCCUUCUGUAUGCGUACAGAAGGCUGAAAAAACACUGCCAGUUCUACCAUUCUCUGAUCACAUGCUGUAAUGUAUACCGAAUGGGGUACAAUUGCUUAAAUGUAUCACGAUUGGGAUACAUUAAUUUUGAUUUUAGUCAAGGCCAUGUCACUGAGAAUCAACCAUUGGCAGUCCCUGGUGAGUUGAGUGAAAGUCUAGGAAUAUAACAAUACAUGGUACACUGCUUAUGUUGUUGAAUAUUUUUUCGCAGACAUACAUGUAUUGACUCUUAAGGAGAAGUUAAGGUUGCAAAUAAUAUUAUUUUUAGUGGUUUUUCACGACAUAUCCAACCAUGUCAUGGUUGUUAAUCCCUUCUGUGUUUAACUCUUGAAUUGUUGAUGAGUUUUAGAAAAUUAGCUAAAUUGGGUGCUUUUUUGUAGAGCAAGGCAGCAAAGGAAAAUGACCAAAUUAGCCCCAAAAAUGAACUAUUGCCAGGAUCGUCAAAACGGUAAGCUUAUAAAAAUAGUCUAAGUGAUAACUAUUGCAUUGUUGUAACAAACAAAACUGUUCUUAUUAGAUCUUUCUGUUUUGCUAUUAUAUAUAAGUAUUAUUAUUGUUGUCCCUUUGUAUCACUCAACAGGGGCGUAGCUAGCCCAUAGACAUGUAGGCCCCAGCCUACAAAUUGUUGGUUUGAUCACUCUAGCUCUACUGCUUUUAAUAAAUUAUGCGUUGUUGGGGUGGGCUAAAAAGCUUAAGAACUCAAAGUGUUGGUGAGGUUAGUGCGUACUAGUUAUGCCCGCAAUUUUCAGGAUAAUUAUGUGGAAAUAAAAGUCAGCCAGGCCUACAAUAGAGAGGAGAAUUCGUUACGUCACGUUGCCAUGGUAGCAAAAUUUUUGGAUGACAGCAAAAUAAAAACGUCACUUAAAAAGUGAAUUUGCACAUCUUCAAACUUCAUUGCCGGGUUCCCAUGGAGAACUCCCUGCGGUGUCUGGAUUACCUUGGGUCCUUCCCCGCUAACUUUUAAGGCACCAGUUCUCAAGCUCAUCAAUUGGCGAUGAGAAUUAAUGUUGGCGAUAUUUUCUUGGGUUGAAUCUGAAAGGACCUUGUCUAAGUUUAGAAAAGGAAAAAGACAACUUUUGUGUUGUGUUCAGCUACUCCAUAAAGCAAGCGUGUGAAAUUAGGAAGUUUCAUGUCAUAGGGGUGGUACAACGAUGCAAAGAAAUGUACAAAAAAGCGUGAUGCACGAGCAAAUUUGUUGUUUUGUGAAUAAAAACCUCUUACUUUUUUUUCUGUUCUCCUUUUUUGGUUUUGUUGUCAUCCAGCAAUAGUGCUACCAUAGUGAUGUGACGUCAUACUUCUCUGUUAGUUGAAAAACUGGCUAUGCCGCUGCUCAAUGUGUCAUUUUGGUGAAAAAAAUACCAUAAUAGAGUAAUAAAAAAAAUGAAGGAGUGAUAGGAAAACCUGUAUUAAUUUGAAUUGUUUUUGGCCAUACAGGAAAUUGCACAGAGCAGUAAAACAUAAGCAUACUGAAGAAGACACUCAUCCCCAAGAGAAACCUCCAGUAACGGAUGAUGAUGCUGAUCUGCAUUUCACUGAGAAUGGCAUGGAAGUUGAAGAUGAGCAAGCAGUUCCCUGUAGUGGAGAAAGUAAUACAAACAAGGAAAUGCAGGAAGACUCUGUCCCAGUAGUUGUUAAGAAAGAACCUGAGGAAAAUAUUGAGAAUUCAUUAGAAGGGCUCCAACAGAUGCUUGGCUUUAGCAUUAGUGGUGAAGGGGUCAAACAAAAAGAAGGGGGUGGUGAAAAGAAGAAGAAGAAGAGGCUGCUGUCUGAAGGUUCUGAUGCAGAAGGUAAUGGUGAGAAAGUACAGUGUUCUGUCCAAUAACUAACCCAAGAAAACAGCAAACCUUUUCGCGAUGCCACCAGGGUAGUUUCUCAAUCAAUUGACUUCCAAGGAACAAGCACAGAAAUUCCAUGCUGAUGAAGCAGCACCCCUCAGAUCUGGGUAGUGCUUCUGAUUGGCUGAAAAUUGGCUUCGACCAAUCAAAAGUACCACCCAGAUCUUGGUAGCAAACAUCACCAGUAUGGAAAUUCUCUGCUGGUUCCUCAGGACUUUUUUUUGCGGGAAAACCAGUGGCGGUGUUUGCUAAAUGUCACCUGUUUUCUCGGACCAUCCAGUAACGAGUACUGUAUCAUGAACUUUGACUACAAGUACACUUCACAAGUUUUUUGCCUUAGAUAAUAACAUUUGUGUCUUUGUUUUCGAUUGUGCAUUUUGACAGUCUAUGGUGUUAAAUGAGAUAGUGAAAAUUUUGGAAGUUUGGUGGAUAGGUACUUCGUUAUUCUUGAGCUAUUCCUGUAAAAGUAACCCUGAAGGUAACAUUGCCUUUUGAAGUUUUUCCUCUUAAUUCAAGACAUGCCAUUUCAUUUUUAGUCCUUGCGUUGCCCAGAAGAGUGGAAUGUACAGCUUGUGGGAGGAAUGUGAAUCCUGCUCAUGGAACUAUUUGCAGGCACCCAUGUCUCAAUGUUCUGGUCUGCAAAGUAAGCAAGUUUCCUUUUACUAGCACUCUAAAGUAAGCUACUACCCUCUCGGGAGUGGUGGAUUGUGUCGCUUAUUAUGUCAUUCUUGUUGUGCGUUAUGGGGUUCCUGUUAUGCAGGACGGGAUUCUUGUAGCAUGUGAUAUCGUAAAAACUCUAAGUAUCUGGUAAAAUCCUUGCACAAUUUUAAGAAUCUAUCUUUAAGUUUUUUCUGGGAUCCACGACCUGUAGGCUGUUGAGUAUAAUAUGCCUUGUAAAGUAUUGACAACUAACAUGUCAGCAUUUUACAUCAGAGAUGUCACUAAGAUUUCAAGUAAAUGCAACAAGUAUGCAAGGAAUCAAACAGGUAGAGAUUUGUUUUGGUUAUUUUUCUUCUAUUUUCCUAUGAAAGUUGUCGAGGACCAUGUUCAUAAUAGCUGGGGGGCUAUAGUUCAUAAUAGCUGGGGCUGGGGGAUCGCACGUGGUGGCCAUAUUAACCUGGUUCACUCUAUAUUGAGACAAACGAUAAACUAGGCCUGUCAUACACAUAUUACAAUUUCACUAUAACAAGAAUAUUUUUAUUAACCAGUGAUUAUGCACUAUUUCAAUCUAGAUAUCCCUUUUUUUCUAGAAAUGCAGCCAGUACUACAACUCUGGGCCUUUUACCCGUGACGAGUUUGGUGUAGAGGAACAGUGUCGUUGGUGUGGAGAUGGUGGGUCACUCAUUUGCUGUGACAAGUGUGACAAGGCCUUCUGCAAAAAAUGUAUUAGACACAACUUAGGAAAGGCCAAACUCAAAGAACUUGUGAAUGCACCAGAAGAAGAAGAGUGGUUAUGCUUCGCUUGUAAUCCUAAACCUUUAUCAAGGCUUGUCAAAACAUGCAAUCACAUUAUGAAUCUUGUGCAAACACUCAAAUCUCAAAAGACAAUUUUCAAAACAAAAAAAGGACCUUCUCUCACUGGUACUCCAAACCAGAGUGAGCGAAGAAAUAGACUCAGUAGCUUGACUGAAAAUUUGGGAAUGGGUUCUGAUGAUGCUUUGUCGCCUAGUGAAACUCUGACAAAAAAGCGUGGCAAAGAUGAUUCUGAUAGUGAUAACUCUGCUCUCAAGAAAAGGAAGAAAAAGUCAGGAAGCAAGGAGGGUACUGUUAAGGAAAAUGGUUUGUCUAAGGGAGAUGUGUUUGUUAUCGAUGAUGACAGUGAUUGUGUCGACAUUGAAGAAAGUAUCAAGGGCUCUUCAAGAAAGACUAAUAGCGCUAAGACAAAUCAAAGGACUAAAAGGAAAUUAGAUGUAAGGACAGAAUCAGAGGAUGAAGAGAGCACGAAAGACAGUAAAACAAAGAAAGUUAGGAAAACAAAGACUGCAAAGGGUUCAUCAAAUGAUUCGGACUCUGUUGUGACUGCAAAAUCAAAGAGCAAAUCUACGAGUAAAGGAAAACAGAAGAAGAUGGACGUUAAGAGUUUGGAAGGUGAAAAAAAUGAUUCUGAUUCCCAGUCAGAUUCAGACUUUGUUUCUAUGGUGAAACAAAAAGGGAAAAAGUCAAAAAAGGAUAGCAAAGUUCAAAAGAGAGGAAAAACAAAGCAGGAUGUGUCAGAAGAGGAGGAGGAAGAGGAAGAGAGUGAGAGAGAUGAAAAACCAAAGAAAGGUGGUAAAAAGCAGGGAAAAGGAAAGACCAAGAAGCCAGCUGUAUCUGAUUCAGAGGAAAGUGAAGAGGAAAGUGAAAAUGAUGCAAAGAAAAAAGGGAAGAGUAAGGAUGGAAAAAAGGCUAGCAAGAAGGUGAAGGGAGGAACGUCAAAAAAGCAAGCAAUUUCAGAUUCAGAAGAAGAGGAAAAUGAAGAAGAAGAAGAAGAAGAAGAAAGUGACAGUGAUAGACAGAGAAAGAGGUCAAAGAGGUCAGGUGUUUCGCAGAAACGCACCAGAAAACGGCCACGGAAAGAAACUACCUCUGAGGAGGAAUCCAGUUCAUCGGAUGACUCGUCAGAUAGUGAUGUUCCUCUGACCAGAUACAAAAAGAAGCAAGUUGAGAAGCGUAACAAGAGAAAGACAAAGGCAUCAUCUGGAAGUGAUGAGGAUGAAGAAGAGGAAGAGAUUGGGAGGAGAAAGAAAAGGAAGACAAGACGAAAAGGCAGAAAGAGCAGUUCUGGAUCAGAAGAGGAUACAAAGACAAGGAAACAGAAGGGUAAAGGGAAAGGAAAGGGUAAGGGUAAGGGAAAAUCAAAGAAGAAGCAUUACAUAGUGAAAGACAGUGAUGAAUCAGAGGAAGAGGUUGAUGAUGAUGANGGCAGAAAGAGCAGUUCUGGAUCAGAAGAGGAUACAAAGACAAGGAAACAGAAGGGUAAAGGGAAAGGAAAGGGUAAGGGUAAGGGAAAAUCAAAGAAGAAGCAUUACAUAGUGAAAGACAGUGAUGAAUCGGAGGAAGAGGUUGAUGAUGAUGAGGAGGAAGUUAGCCCUUCAAAAAGAAAAGGUCGUAAGAAAAUCCGUAAGCUCAUUGAGGACGAGAAACUAGCAGAGGAGACACAAAAGGCAAGAAGGCUUGAGGAAGAAAGGCGUAAACGCCUUCUGGAACGGACUCGAAAUAAUGAGGAUGACAUGCCAGGGGAAUCGGCCAAAGUGGCAAGUCUUGUGCUGGAAUCUGACCCAAGCACCAAGGAGCCCAUUGUUGAAGUAAAGGAGGAUCUUCUACAGCACUUGAAACCACAUCAGAGUAAAGGGAUACAGUUUAUGUAUGAUUGCAUCAUUGAGUCAUUAAAGUCUUGGAAGAAGGAAGACCCAGGUGGGGGAUGUAUACUGGCACAUUGCAUGGGUCUCGGGAAAACUUUACAGGUAACAAUACUCAUUACUACAGCUAGCUAGUGCAAACAUUCAUUCAAAAUACUGCUGUAGUCAGUUUCAUUAGAGUUUGCUGCAAGGUUUACAUUUUGGACUCAUUUAUUUAUCAUUUAAGUCCAAGAUUCAAUACGGAAUAUAAAGGACUGCCUUAAAAACAAGUAACUGUUGUCAGUCUUCAUUAUUUUGUAUGUUUGUUAAUAAUAAUAAUAAUAAUAAUAAUAAUAAUAAUAAUAAUGAUAAUAAAAACAUGCAGUUUCAACCAACAAAGCAGAAUGACCUUUUUCAUUAAGCAUAAACAAAGGAAAUAGUUAAUAACUUUUGUCCUUGCAAGUUAAGGCUCAAAGACCUGAGUGUAGCAAGCUUUGCAAAUUUUUUGGUAUUGGUUCUGGGUGUGUAUUGUACUGUUCACACAAUUAAGUACAAAGUAUGUUGGUUUUCAUGGCCUGGUGGCAAGGCUACACUUUGUUGCCAUUCUUGCUUUUGAUGAUUUGUAUUAAUUCUGUUAUCUUUUGUUCCCAAGGUUGUGGCCCUUGUUCAUACCCUCAUGACUCAUGAAGACAUCAAAAUGCAACGUGUUUUAGUAGUGGCUCCAUUAAACACUGUCCUGAACUGGCAGGUUGAAUUUGAUAAAUGGCUACGUGUAGAUGACAGACUUGAGGUAAAAUGUUAGUUAGGCAUACUUAAUGGGUGUCGAGCUAUAAUGCUGCCGUUUAUUCAACUUACAGUUGUCGCUCUAUCCAAAUCUACAUGCUUACAUAUCUAAUGAAAAGGCAUAUUCCCUUGAGGACAUCAUGUGGCAAAAUGUCUGUUGAUAAUCAAUGUGCAUCAAAAAUGUCCAAAAUCGUGGCUUUAUUUUAGUGGCCAAAAACAUGGGUUAAAUACUUAGCAUAACCAUAAUCCAGAAAGUUCUAGGUAAUAGUUUUCCUGCCAUAAAUUUUGACCAAAGCAAACUUUUUAUUCCGGCGGUCCAAACAGUGAAAUACAACCUGCUUAAUUGACCAAUCAAAGCUUGCAUACUAACUGAAAGAGUAUAGCAAAGAAAAAUACACCCCCAUUUCCAGUCGUUGACCCAACUGGAAGUCCCAUAAAUCUACAUCCAAUUCACAGCAGAGGGGGUCCAAAGGUAUACCCUACAUCAGAACAUGUUUAAUGCUUCACAUAAACAUAAGGUUUUCAUGUCAUAAGUUUAUAUUUGAAAUCUCCUUCUUUUUAGGUUCUCAUUUUGCAGGAUGUGGGUGGCAACAAUUGGCGCAGAGCUGACUUGCUGAAACACUGGUCUAGGUAUGGUGGGGUGAUGAUUGUGGGGUACUCAAUGUACCGUAAUCUCUCACAAUGCUAUCGAGUCAGGAGCAAACAUCAGAAGAAAAUUUUCCAAGAAGCUCUAGUUGACCCUGGUGAGAAAAGUUCAAUAAUUAUUUAUUUUCCUUUGUUUAGUAGACUUGAAGAUUUAUUGCAACAUUUUUUGCAUUACACUUUAGGUAGCUCAAAUUGGUCAUAUUUUACCAUAUGUACACCUUAUAUUAGUGGAGUAAGGUUUUUGUUUAAGAAAACAUUACCACCAUGAUAGAGACCAUUAAGCUAAUGGCACAGGUUUUUCGAAAGAUGUUCAACUUUACCCCAGGAUUAAGCAAAAGUGUAAACAAAAUUUUUUUUUUAGGGUUGUGUAAGAUGACCCAGUAAAACGUGUUAAACCUUAAUACGAAGGCCUAGAUAUUUUCACCCAAAAUGACAGUCCAAAAUAGUCUAAAAGUGAAAUAAAUCAGGUUUAUGUUGUCAAAACCGUCAUUCAAGAUAAAAAUUUUAAGAAUUUAGCUUGUUGCCGGGCCUCAGUCAGUGGUGCUUGGGGUUUUGGCUGUGGCUGCUGAGUGUGAUCACUGCUUGGGGGUGGUAGCUUGCGUAGCAAGCAUUUCCGUGCAGUUUAGGAGCAAAGAAAGAGGAACAAGAGUCAAAGACCCCGUGAAAAAUAGCGCAAGUAAACGGGGGUAGUGAAUGAAGAUAUGGGGCCGGUUAUUUAAACAGAGUUAAGUGUUUAACAAAACCUUGUGCUACACUGUAAGACAUUUUCAUCUUGGCCAACUCUUUUAUUUUAACACUGUUAAUCAUGAACAGUUUGAUAAAAGCAUACAACAUAGACUAGAAAGGUACUUAUCCACUUAAAAUAACCCACAAGGGAAGAGAUCUGGUGGUCUGAAGAUUUAUUAAACCAUGGUCUUAGUUAGACUUUAUUCAAAUAGCUGAACCAUAGUGUUGGAGGGUUCUGAACACCCCUUAAAGGCUGUAUUGGUUCUCUUUCUGGUGAAGGGCAUUCGUUUUGGAUCAACUGCUGAAUUAUUUGAGCAUUUUUUGAAGGUCCUGAUUUGGUGAUUUGUGAUGAGGGUCACAUCCUACGUAACGAUGGAAGUGCAAUCUCCAAGGCACUGAAUGGCAUCAAGACUAAAAGACGCAUUGUGCUCACCGGAACGCCUCUACAGAACAAUCUCAUUGAAUGUAUGUUUAAUUUUUUUCGUUUUGCUUGAAUACCUCACCACUUUGCUAACACAUAGUAAGCGUUGAUGGACGUUAUUUGUUGACUACAUUUAGAAGGUGUUCGACAUGAGGAAUGGUUACCUGGGAAAAGAAUUCAGUUGUUUUUCAGUAGUUUCUAAGCCGCCCACGUUCAGCAUUUUUGCUAGCCCAAGAUAGUGUUAUCAAGCCUAGUUUUGUACUUGACAAGACCCCCAUAGUGGGGGUUCAUUGGGCUGCUGACUGUGUGAUGCGGUGGUUUUAUUAUUUUGGAAAGUAUAGAUUAAAAAUACACUUUUUUCCGGCUUGAGUGAAUAGCUACUCCUAACCUGUGGAAUGGGAUAGGGAAUAGGACAUGCAAAGCCAUCUGGGAGUGCCCUCCGCCAUUUUGUCUUUUUUUGACAUAAAAAGAGUAUUGCUUCUCUUUUCUUGAUUGGACAUUGCCCUCACAGGCAGUCCAAUAAUCAAACCAAGGAAGCACGAUUUGUACACAACCUGAUAGGGAACACUAUCUUAGUAUUACUUUUUUAUGGAUUGGAAAUAACUACUGGACGUCCUCAAAAACCAUUUACAUAAAAAAAACCCCAUCAUUAUUGUACCUUGUAAAGAAUAGGACCAUUUUUCACACUGAGAAAAUAUCAAAAAUAUUUUUUGUUCAAAAUCGUCCAAUUUUUUCUCAGACCACUGCAUGGUGAGUUUUGUCAAGCCCAAUCUUCUUGGGACGCGGAAAGAGUUCACUAACACCUUUGUAAACCCUAUUGAAAAUGGUCAGUGUGCGGACAGCACUGCUCUGGACGUUCAGCUUAUGAAACAGCGAUGUCAUGUGCUCCACAAGAUGUUGGAAGGAUGUGUACAGGUUAGUAUUAGGAUUACCUAAACGCUUUAUUCGAUAGAUCAAAGUACGGUUAAAUAUCCUGAGUUGCUCAUGUAUAAUGAAUUUUGAGACUUUCUAUCUGUCAUCAUGCUGGUAACUUUGAAAAAGUGCUGCCUUUAACUUGACGCUCCUCUCAAAUAGGUAUAGCAUCUUCAAAUAAUGACAUGUACAACGCUAAAAUAGAUUGUUCACAGUCCCCUGUUAUUUUCUAAGAUAGUAGAGAUCGAGCAUUUAAGAUUUUGCGUUUUGCAGGGGGGUGGGGGGGUGGCAUCUUGGUUUUAAAGGGGCUAUGUCAUGCUAUUUGCCUUCUUUUUAAAACACUAAAACUUUGCUUCGCGUCAAUUGAAAUCCAAAAAUAAUGGUUCAGCUUCAUUAUUGAAGACUGCAUUUAGGCAUUGAAACUCUUUCUUGUCGUCUGUUGCGAUGGAUAGCAAGGAUGGACAUGAAUUCAUCUUUUUCAAGUUUUAAAAUUAUGCCUUCAAGAAUCACCUUAAAAACGAUUAUGGUUGGUGCUCCCUGGUUAAAUUUGUUUCAUGUCUUCUUCAUAACUCAACAGGAGUAUUUUGUGUAUGGAUGAAGACACUAAGUAACGACUCCUGGACAGAGUUGUCCUAAACAGCAUUAUCUUUAUGAUAUGGCGCCCUUAAAUGUACCGAGGGGCGCAGACCCUUUGGGUUUUAGCUGUGGGAAAAGGGAGGCUAUUUCUCUUGCCUCUUUCCAAANUAUAUGAUAAAUUGUGUUUAUUUAUACUCACCCACUAAAUAAAAAAUCAUAUAAACAUCAAAAAAAAUAUAUAGAAAAAAAGAAAUUUGUUUUGUCCGUCUUUCUUUUUUUUUUUAGAAAGAGGGGAGAGGUGGGUGUUUUGUUUUUUGGGGGGGGGGGGGGGGGGGGGGGGGGGUGGCAUCUUGGUUUUAAAGGGGCUAUGUCAUGCUAUUUGCCUUCUUUUUAAAACACUAAAACUUUGCUUCGCGUCAAUUGAAAUCCAAAAAUAAUGGUUCAGCUUCAUUAUUGAAGACUGCAUUUAGGCAUUGAAACUCUUUCUUGUCGUCUGUUGCGAUGGAUAGCAAGGAUGGACAUGAAUUCAUCUUUUUCAAGUUUUAAAAUUAUGCCUUCAAGAAUCACCUUAAAAACGAUUAUGGUUGGUGCUCCCUGGUUAAAUUUGUUUCAUGUCUUCUUCAUAACUCAACAGGAGUAUUUUGUGUAUGGAUGAAGACACUAAGUAACGACUCCUGGACAGAGUUGUCCUAAACAGCAUUAUCUUUAUGAUAUGGCGCCCUUAAAUGUACCGAGGGGCGCAGACCCUUUGGGUUUUAGCUGUGGGAAAAGGGAGGCUAUUUCUCUUGCCUCUUUCCAAACUGGUCCCCGCCCCCAAAGCAGAUUUGAUACUCAUCCCCAGGUUAGACUCGGUACAUUUAAAACCAAGAUGGCCGCUCGUAAGGGUAGGUGCUCGAUCCCGACGAUUUUACGGAAAAUAGGGGGAGUGAGAAGAUUCUAGCUGAAAAAAGCCUAGUGUAUAAAAUUAAUAGACCUUUUUACCGAUAUGCGGCCAUAUUGAAUUAAUUCGAUUUAAGGAGUAUUAUAGGAUGCCCAGGGGGCAUGAGCACAUUUUUUUUGUAUUUUCGAGCGCUUUUCGGGACAUUUUUUCUUAAAGUUUUCUUAGAAUAAGAUUGUAAUGGGAAAAAAGAUCCUUGUACCUUGUUUUGAUGUAAUAAUGAUCGCCUUUUUCUAGUUUAGUAUUAGAAAUAUGGUCUUUCAUUGUAUAUUUCUCGGGAAAAACGCGAUCAUUAUUACAUCAAAACACGGCACAAGGAUCUUUUUUUCCCAUUACAAUCUUAUUCUAAGAAAACUUUAAGAUAAAAUGUCCGGAAAAGCGCUCGAAAAUACAGACAAAAUGUGCUCAUCCCCCCUGGGCAUCCUAUAAUACUCUUUAAAUCGAAUUAAUUCAAUAUGGCCGCCGUAUCCGUAAAAAGGUCCAUCGCAAGUUGACAAACUAUCGUACCAUAACAGUGGGUUCGGUGGAAUGGGGCAUGGAUAUUCUCGCAUCCCAUCUUUUACACAAGAAGAUGCUCAUUUUGUCAGGAGAGGUGUUCAAAAUUGGGUGCAGGGUGAAAAUCACCCCCCCUUUCUCAGUGUUUUUGGCCAGCUACUCUGCUUAGCUCUUCUUCUCAUCGUUAAGUGAAAGAUUCCUGAAUCAGCCACCUACGUUGAUAGAUGAUAGGCCAUUUCCGAGUUCCAAAACCCUCGCUUUCAAAACGAGGCUAAGUACAAAAUCUUUCUUGUGAAAAUGACUUUCAUUUGCGUGAGAAUAAAAAAUGAUUUUCAUAUUAAUGGUUUGCACUUAGCCUCGCUUUGAAAACGCGGCCUUGGGCAGUGAUUUUUUUACAAAUAGUUGUGGAGAGUCCUGGGACUCAUUUUGUGAACCAUCCUGAGUCCCAGUCCAUAACCAAUGAGUCCCAGUUAAAAAAAACAAGGGGCCCGUUUCUCGAAAGUCCCAGUAACUUUUCGGGCCCGAAAUCAAAUAUUCAAGUAGAAAUAAAAGGAGUAAGAGCGCGGGUCCUGGCUAAAAAAACUACUCCAUUUUGUUUCAUUAACUGAUAGUUUUAUCAUGUUAGAUGCAAAACUACUGAAACCCCGGUCUUUAAUGUAAACGGCAACAGCUUACCGGGCCCGUUAAUUAUCGGGACUUUCGAGAAACGGACCCAAGGAGUCCUAAAUUGAAAAUGUUUGGGCCUUUAUGUAACCUGACAGUUAAUCUGGAGACAGACACCAAAACUCUUUAUUAUAGUUUAGUAAAAUUAAAAUAUGGCCCUUCUAUAUAUUUAAAGCACAAAAAAAAACUAAAAUAAAUAUGCUUCCUUAAACAACAGCCACAGAAAUCACACGAACAGGAUACUCUACCAAAAAAUCUUCAAAUUGAUCGGUCGUUUUUUGCGUCCAACGGGACGUAUGCCGUGAAUUAUUUUACGUCUUUGGGGAUUUUUAUGCGUCAGGGACGCUGCCUUGGGGCAACUCGGGAAUGGCCUAUUAAUCCGCCCUUUUCAAAACUUUUGAUCAAUGUAGGUUUCUGGGAAACUGCCCACCUUCCCCUCCCCUAUGCUAACAUUAACACUUACUUCUCACUUAGGGCAAAAUGAUGGCUUAGGGGAGCCCAUCCACCCGUCAAAGGGUCCUUGCAUUUAACUAGGGUUGAAAGAAGGUUGGGACAAUACGAAAACUUUUGUUUACACGAAAUUGAAUCAUAAAGUAUCAGAACAACCAAUUGGACACGUCUAUCUAGCCAUGGUCCAUUCCAUUAUUUUGCUAUUUAUUUAUUCUUGUCAGAGGAGAGAUUACUCUGUGUUAGUUCCCUUUCUUCCUCGUAAACAUGAGUACGUGAUCAAAGUUCGGGUGUCUGCGUUGCAAGAGAAGUUGUACCGACAUUUUCUCAACACUUUUAUCUUCCAAGAAGGAGACUUCAGCAAGAAAGGUAGGAAUGAUUUUUCGUAAGCCUUAAGUCGAGCUGUGUCACGAAAUUUAGCCAAAUUUAGCCACUAAGACCUGACCAUCUAAAUGACCAAAUGAUAAUUGUGUAAAUAACUGCUUCAAAAUUGAAGCAGCAUGGCUGAGCGGUUAUUGUUAGAGCGCGCUGGAAUUGUAAUCUAGUGGUCCCGAGUUCAUUCCCCGUCCUGAGCGAUUGUGGCAUUGUUGUUCUCUGUAUUCCUAAUUUCAACUCCUCGUUCACGCUUGUAAAUAGCCAACUGGAAUUACCUUCGACCCGUUGGGAUUCUUAACCUGGUGGUCCACAAUAAAACCUACUGGUCAGUUAUUUAAACUGAGUUUAACCCGUGUUUAACCCGUGUUUAACAAAACCGCGUUCUAAGCCCUUUUCAAUUUGCCCAACGCUUUUAUCUACGAUUUAUCGCGAAGGUUCUCAAUAAAGUAUAUAGCGUAGACUGGCAAAGCACUUAUUUUCUUAGAUUAACCCACUGAGAAAGAUAUCUGGAGGUCCAAUGAUUUCUUAAACCGCAGCCUAAGUUAGACUUCGUUUAAAUAAGCGACCCUACGAGUCUUAAGUUACCAAUAUCACUUUUUUUUCUUUAUUUUUGAAAGGUUUACAUAACACGGUAAACACAGGGCAAGAAUAGCCAAAAUUUAGGGAGCCUAAGAUGAAUCAAAGUUGGGGAUUUUUGAAACUGUUCGUCCUAACAGCUUUUCAAUCAAAGUUCAUCACUAUUGUUUGUGAUUUUGCAUUUAAUGGUCGGGUACAUACUUGUUCGUCGUGAAGCCAUCAGAAUGGUUAAUCUCUAGUUUGUAGAUAAUUUACUUUCUUGAAACAAAAAUUCUUCUGAACACAAAUUAAGUAAGGAACAUGGCAAGUGGUAAGCUUUCCUUGUAUGAUGUGUAAAACGCUAAUGAUUCGUCCCUUGGUUGUUUGUUUGUUUUUAAAAGCAUUUAAACCCGUUUUACUCAGUAUCCUGCUUUCUAGUACGAGUUGAUGCAUUUUUAGUAUACAAGGGAAGCGUACCGUUUUUGAUCAGUAGAAAAUACUAUAGUCAUUUUGUGAAUCGAUACUUGAUGCUAUUUUUUCAAUCAUAAUAAUUAUUAUAACAAUAUUCUCAAAUCUGAUUGGCUUGGCAACAGAACUUCGAGUCGUCCAAUUGGACCUGCAAUCAUACUCGUGAUUAAACGGACGGGUUUAAUCACUCGUAUGAUUGCAGACCGAAUUGGACUCAUCUCAGUCCUUUGCCGUUAUUGAUUACCUUAUGGAAAAUUGUUUUACAGCGGGAGUAUCUCUGUUCUCGGAUUACCAAGCUCUGAUGCGGAUCUGGACUCACCCCUGGUGUCUCAAGCUUGAAGCGCUGCGGCGACCGGAGACAUUCGCUGACACCGAUAGCAUGGAUGACUUUGUAGUGCACAGUGACGAAGAGGAAGAAGAAGAAGAACAGUCAGAGAGUGAGCAAUCCACUACCUCGGUGGAAGAAGUUUUGUCUUCAUCAGGCAGCGAAAAUGACGGAGGAAGGAAGACGCGUGGAGGUAGAAGAGGAAAGAAGGUAUCGAGCGAGGAGGAUAACGAAGAUGAUGAUGAUGAGAGUGAGGAGGAAGUUCUUCCGCAGUCGUCGCGGAGUAGAGCUGCAGCCAUCGUGAGAAGCGCCAAGUCAUCGAGUAAGGCCAGUCCAGCUACUGUGAAUAUUGAUGGCGAGGACGUCACUGUUGUGUCAGUUAAUGACGGUGCCAGUACGUCUCGAGGAAAUCGCCGUGACAAACAAGCUCAUUCAAGUAAGAGUGACAUCAAAGAGGACGAGGAAACCAAGAGCAAUGGAAGGCUGUCGAGAAACAGUUCAAACAACAGUGAUCUUGACGCGGUUGGUAGCACACGAUCCGGUACAAAUUUCAAAGAUUUUGAAGUCGAGAAAGAGUGGUAUGACGAGUUUCUCACGGAAGCAGAUGAGUUCAACGUAGAACUGAGUGGCAAGAUGGUGCUUCUGAUGGAGAUACUAGCAGAUGCAGAAGCUGUGGGCGACAAAGUGUUGGUGUUUAGCCACAGUCUUGUGACGCUAGAUCUGAUCGAGAGAGUGCUGGGUGGUGGAGACAUAGGUGGUGACAGGGAGAAUUGGUGCCGUGGCUGUGACUAUUUUCGUAUGGAUGGUUCUACCAGUGCGACUAUGAGGCAACGUUGGGCAGACAUUUUCAACGAUGAAGACAACAAAACGUAAGUGUUAGGUUACGUUCACAUGGCACGGGACGAAUUGCCGACUGGAUGAAAAAUUUGUAUCAAGUUAGGUUUUGUGGGAAACUGCCCACCUACCCCUCCCUUAGGCCAACAUUAGGGGCCUUAAGAUCCGACGACGGCGACGGCAACAAGGACGUCAAAAAAGCAAUAGGUUUAAUAACCAAAACAACAAUUUUGCACGUGCAUCAUGCUUUUUUGUACAUUUCUUUGCCGUCACAGCACGACUACGACGUGAAAAUGCCUAAUUUCACGCUUUACAGAGGAAGUACCCAAGCGACGACGAAAUUUCCCCUUUAUUUCUGAACUUGAAUAUGGCUCUUAGGAAUUCAAUUUUAGGAGGGUUCACCUACAUUUGACAAAGUUAGUGACUUGGAGUAAUCGCUAUGAAGAUUGAAAGAACGCGAAUUCACUUUUUCAGCGACGUUUUCGCUUCCGUCGCCGUCGUCGGAUCUUAAGGUCCCUAUUUUAAACACUUACUGUUCACUUGGGGCAAAAUGAUGGCCUAGGGGACGGGUAGGCGGCCAGUUUCCCAGAAACCUAAAUUGAUCCCAAAAUUUGACCGGAGACUUCAUUCACAUGGAACCGUUCAACGUGUUGGUUAUGUUCACACGGAACUGACGAGGCAGUUGGAAUUUUUACUUUUUUUUUUUUACCAUGAUCUGCCCAUGCGCAGAGCGCUACUUCGUGGGAAAGUUAAGACGGUUAAUGGUGUUCAAAACGCGCCGGUCAAGUUUUCGACCGUACAGGCGAAGAAAAAUUUGACCUCGAUUUUGGCGUGCGAAUAUCGUAAACGGUCAGGCGUCUAAAUGUGGUUCCGUGUGAACGCACGAAUUUCCAACCGGUGCCGUGUGAAUGUAGCUUUAAUACAAAACAGGGGCACCCAACGACGGUUUCCUCCUAAAAAACAUUGGAAACUAUUUUUAGGCUAUCCAGAGUACUUUUAGAUCUCUAGAAAUGCAUUCGAAGCGGCGCUAUAAAAUUUGUAUCUGUUCGGUCAUCCUUCGUUAGGUGCCCCUGAUAAAAGGACAAGUGCGGAUAGACCUUUCACCCGUUUCCGUAAGUAAAGGCGCCAACUGGAGGCUUAGGGUGACAAAAUACAGUGAUUGGUAUGAAUUCGUCACCUCAAUCCUUUACCUCAGUUCCUUGUGUUUACUCACCGGAGCAGAAUGCGAGGAAAUUUUCUGAUUGUUGGUGCCGACAUUUUGAAAAGUAAACAUGGUGACCGUGGACAGCUUUCUGUCAAGCACAGCUCAGCGUAUGAUUCACAAGAAGGGAAAGAAAAAUGUGACGGACGGAUUAUGAGGUCUCCAACAGAUUGUCGAUUUACAUUGCACUGUUUUGAAGUGUCAGCGAAAAGAAUUUCGUUCAAAUACUACUUCUCCUUUUCGAUGCAUUGGUAAAUAAGCAUGAAUUGAGUACUCGCACGAAACAAAUUGCCUCACCUUCAGCUAGUGCAACCUGGGUUAGAAGCCCGGCGAAGACGCCUUAUAUGGGUUGAGUUUGUUGUUGAUUCUCGCUCUAAGAGAGAUCUUCCUCCAAUUCCAAUUCCAUCUGGCACGCAAACAUUACAUUACGUCACGUUACGUUACGUUAUAUACAACAGCGAGUGUUAAGUGUAUGCUUUAGAUUGUUUGUGUUGUCCUUUCUUUCAGUGCUCGAUUGUUUCUCAUCUCAACCAAGGCUGGUGGACUGGGAAUCAACCUCGUGGCUGCCAAUCGAGUCAUUGUGUUUGACGUUUCGUGGAACCCCUCCCAUGAUGUUCAGUCUAUCUUCAGAGUGUACCGCUUUGGACAGACUAAAGCUGUGUAUGUAUACAGAUUUAUAGCACAGGUGAGCAAGGCCGGAUUAUAUUGCAUAAUAUGGAGACUAGUGCGGGUUACUUCCUCUUAGGGGAUAGGGUCGAAUCUCGCUUAGAGAACUUUUUCCUCCAUUAUCUCACUGGGAAAGUGAUUAAUUAUGACAAUAACGAUUGAUCACUGGGAAAGUGAUUAAUUAUGACAAUACUGAUUGAUGUGUUUUGUGUUAAUGUUCUUUUUUUGUGAUUAAUUAUGACAGCACUGAUUGAUGCGUUUGUGUUAAUGUUAACAGGGGACCAUGGAAGAGAAAAUCUACGAUAGACAGGUUUGUAAUGCGAACUAGAGUAAUUAUUUGAACUCUUCGUAAAUGCAUACAGUACCACGAGAUCCGUUUGGUGAGAUAAGUCAAUCAUCUUUGUUUAUUUCGAUCAUUGGUAUUUUGCAGGUGACAAAACUGUCUAUGGCCGGACGAGUAGUCGAUGAACAGCAGAUUGAGCGUCAUUUCACCGCAGCUGAUCUUCGUGAACUGUACACUUUUACUCCCGAUUUGCUUGACGAGGGCAAAGCAUCGGAAUCCGAGGACAAAAAAGCAGAAGCCGAGGACAAAAUAUCGGCAGCCGAGGACAAAGAAUCGGAAGCCAAGAAAAAAGCAGCAGCUGGGAAUGAAACUGAAACCGCAAAGGAACCAGAUAACGGGGCAGGAACAGGAGCUGGGAAGGAAACAGAAUCUAAGGAUGAACAACAAGCUGAAAAUGGAGCAAAUGCAGAGAAAGAUACAGAAACUGAGAAAACAAGUGAAACCAGUAACCAGGCCGAAGGUGGAGUAGGAACUGACAGUGGAACUGGAAAGGAAACAGAGGCCACAAAAGAGAAAACUGAACGACCAACUUUGCCUCUUCCUAAGGUAUGUGUUACUCCCCUCCAGAACGAACUUCUAGCAAAAGAAAAAUGGCUGAAAAAAACAAGGCUGCAUGUCUUUAGCCCGUGGUUGAGAUCAAUUUGUUUUUUGCCCUCGAAUAAAAAGUAUUUAAGGACACUUUGAGUCUGUUAUAACCGAGAUGUUAGUAUAAUAUUGAGCUGUGUUCUAUUAAGACUAUGUAGCCUCCAUUUUAAAAAUAUUUUUCUGAAACCCGCGGAUGCGUGAAAAGAAGUCUUUUUAAAGCUCUACCCGGCUAGAUUAACCUCAGCUCUUUUAGGGUAGAGCUGUACGCAUGUAACUUCCUUCCUCCCUUUUCGUUAAAACAGUAAAAUUGUAAUUAAUAUGACAGUACCAUUUGUGAACGAGGAUGGCAAAUCGCGGUACCCGUCUGUGCAGGAUCGCCGAGUAUGGCGGGCCACUCCCCAUUCAGGAAAGUUGCCACUCCCGGAUAGAGUGACAGGACGACGCAAGAAAACACACCAAAGGACGAUCUAGGGUCCCCCAUCGUCGUAAAUGACGGGGACCAUUACUAAUUGACUAAGGCCUAGUUUAAACGUCGAACUUUGCAUCCACCUCAUUCCCAGGGUUGGAAACCUGGGAACGAGGUUGACAUUUCAUGGGCCGAACCUAAUCCCAUCAAUUAAGUACAUGAAAAGACCGACAUGUUUAAUUUGGGUUUACCCAUGAAUUAAGUUCGAGUGGCCCACAUAGGAAUUUUGACCAUGGAGCGACUUCGUUUCAAACGUUGAACGUUUCUUGUGCCGCCGCAAUCUAAUGCAUAAAUUACUAUAAUUUAUUUUUACUGGUAAGCAUUGUGGAUCAUUGUACAUCGUAAAAAUGAAUUGAGUCGGACUUCCGAAUCAGCUGUCGAACUUAUAUCAUUUGGGUCGACCUAAACAGAAAUUAAGUUCUGUACAUGAAAACUUCGACGUCUGAACGGGUUCUAACUAACAAUUCUUGUCAUAGGAUGCUAUAUUGGCGGACCUGAUCAACCGCCUUCACCCCAAAUGGAUAGUGAACUANGCAUUGUGGAUCAUUGUACAUCGUAAAAAUGAAUUGAGUCGGACUUCCGAAUCAGCUGUCGAACUUAUAUCAUUUGGGUCGACCUAAACAGAAAUUAAGUUCUGUACAUGAAAACUUCGACGUCUGAACGGGUUCUAACUAACAAUUCUUGUCAUAGGAUGCUAUAUUGGCGGACCUGAUCAACCGCCUUCACCCCAAAUGGAUAGUGAACUAUCAUGAGCACGACUCCCUGCUACAGAAUAUCGAGUCUGAAGAGUUGACUGAAGAGGAAAUGAAAGCGGCUUGGGAAGCGUACGAGGCAGAAAAAUCUGGACAAACCGGUUAGUUCAGUAAUGUUACUCAGUUCGGAUGUAAUUCAUGACUAGUAUGACUCUCUCUGGUAUUAGUCUCUUACCUGAUGUCAGCACUUUUUUUUGCAAGGUUUUAAAGCUGUGUUAGAGUUGAUGUGCUUGCCUUAUUAGUGUUUUGACAACGUUUGUGAAAUGACCAUAUUUUUAGGGAAACCAGCAGUGAAACUGCACAAGAAUUUUGUUCCCUUCAAGUAUAUUUUGCGAGUAAACAAGAAAAACAUUUUGGGUGAAUGUUUUCGUUCUUUAAGCCAAGUACUUGGAACUGUUUAUACCCUGAAUGAAUAAACUUGUAUCGAAACGACUGGUGAUGGUGAUGAUGAUAGUGACUACAAAGCGAAAACGUCUCUUAGAAAGUGAAUGCUACGACAGCAAAGGUUUUUUUUGCCGUUCUCGUCGUCGUCGUCGUUGCUUAAGCUCCCAAAUUAUUUAUUGUUGUUGUUGUUGAUGAUGUUUUAAUUUUCUGAUGUGAAGCACCGCAAGUCGCUCAAAAUGAUGGCACCAGAACACUCUGAACUAAAUGUAAAAUGUUUUGCUUGGGAAGGGAAAUGCGUUCUGUUUCAGUGCGUUCAAAUAUUGGGGAGCUUCGACAAUUAACAGUUCGAAAAAUCGCCCUUGCUCAGUUUUCCAUACCAAGUUUUGAAAUCUUUUCAUUUUUUGUCAGUUCCCGCUCGCAUGACAGACCAACUGCAGGACCACGCCCAAACUCAACAACAAGUUAUGGCACGGGUGCAGUUGAACACGGAGAUGCUCCAGCAAAUACAGCAGAUUCGACAGCUCCAGCGUAUGCAACAGGUACAGGAAAUUGAAGACCACAUUCGACAGGUCAGGCAACAGAGACAACUGUGCCAACAACGCGACGCUUUGCUGCAGCAACACCAUCAACGUCAACAGGAGGAGCUUCGCCGACAAAACCAGCUGCGAUUCAUACAACAUAUGACCCAGUCGCAGCCUGACCAGCGUUUUCAGCUGGGGCAGAACACCAUCAAUGUACAGACGCAGCUUCCGUCAGGCGCCGCUGCCGCGAAUCCCACUCCGCCCCAGCCCCUCUUGCGCUUUCACGUUCCCGCCAAUAUACGCCUGCCUGAUGGAGUUGUCCGUCCAGGGCACCCACCCACCAUAAACGCGCGACUUGGACCACGGCUAAGUGCCAUCGUUGGAGCAUUGCCUAACACCGAUGCACAGCUUACUCUGCCACCGCAGAGUGCGAUUCAGAAAUAACAGCAUGGUGCC